AUGAUCCGCCAAGCGCUGAUGCAGUCAACAUCGAGGCAAUACGAUUUUGAAAGCGAAUUAUGUGCUGAAGCGGAACAGGAGUUGGCGAUCAGUUUAGCAUUGGAAAUGAUCACCGACGGCCUGAUUAACCGGCUCGGACAGGUCGCGCCAAAUCGUGAACGAGUAGUGAAGACAUGGUUCCAAAAUCGACGAAUGAAGCACAAAAAGGUGGUUCGAAAGGACCACAAUGGAGCCGAUAUACCGGACGAAGAUGAAACCGAUUGGGCCGAUGUCACAGCUUAG